AUGGACGAGUUCACCAUCCCCAAUGCGUUCCAGGGUCUUGGAGACUAUCAAGACGGUUUCAGGCCACGCUCUAAACGGGAACUUGCAAUUGUGGCAAUGGAAGGCCUAAUCCGCGAAAAGCAGGGCUGGAAAUGUAAAGCUCUCGACGAAACUAUUGCUCAAAAGUGGAAGGAGGAGCUUUCUGAGCAGUCUGACAAAAGAUUGGUGGAGUACGCCGUUAAGGAAAUCCAAUGGCAAGCUCGAGAGUAUGCGAGCUCUCUUGUUGAUCCAGCUGCUAUCGAAGGGACGUAUUGUGUCAAUGAUAUUGUCUUGCCUGAUGAUAUUGAACGUGAUUUCAAGGAUGGUAUACGGCGUUUAGAAGAUGUGCCAGAAUCUAAAAUCGAUUACCAUCCUGGAUCCAACAACCAAGUCAUUGAUCUGGUACACCCUUCGUUGUAUUGUUUGGUUUACGGCAAGACUCGUCAUACGCGUGAUGCCCAUGCUAUUACUUCCUGGACGAAAAUGGAUCAAAGUGUGAUGCUCGUACCUCCUGAAAACAAUGAGCCUUACGAGAGUGUAAACUUUCAAUGGCUUCCAGCUGAGUUGCAGGUUUCCGAGGAUGGCAAAUCAGUCCAAUUUAAAUCCUACAUCAACAACUUACACCCUCAUGUGUUUGGAAACCUGUACAAGUCUCUCGAGUACAUUUUAGGAACUUGUAUGGUGCCAUUGUUUGAAAAAGUUUUGACUGACAUGGUCAAUGACGUCGACCAUCGUAUUGAGGUGUUCCCAUAUGAAUGGUAUGAAAAGGGCUCUGAUGGCCAACCAGAACCUGGUCCUGCUGAAGAAGGGGCUACAACGGAGGCACCAGCACCAGUUGGUGAAGCUGAUGCCCAAGAUGUCGAAGAGCCCGUUGAGGAGGCAGAAGGCGAUCAAGAAGAAUGGGUCGACGAUGACAAUGACGACGACGACGAUGAAGAGGACGAAUGGGAGAACCGUGUCGUCAAACAACCCAAAAUACCAGAAUUCAAGCCACCUGCUGGACCGAAACAUGUAGUCAGGCUGAAUGGGAAGCGCUUGCAAGUGAUAGUGAAGCUUGCAAAUAUCGUAUUGACCCCUGAAAAGCCAACAUAUAAUGGCGGUUCGUGGCAUGUUGAGGGCAUGAUGAACGAGCGUAUAGUGGCCACAGGUAUCCUAUACUACGACAUUGACAACAUCAAGGACAGUCGAUUGCAGUUUAGACGGCCGGUGGGAGAACCUGAUUAUGAGCAGAGUGAUGAUAGAGGUGUCCACGCAGUGUAUGGGCUUGAGGACGAAUCAAUUCUUGUUGAAAACAUGGGAUCAGUGGAUACCAAUACUCCAAAUCGAGCCAUUGCCUUCCCAAACCUCUAUCAACAUCGUGUCCAACCUUUCGAGCUGCUUGACAAGACAAAGCCUGGUAUACGUAAAAUUUUAGUCUUUUUCCUUGUCAACCCACAAGAAAAGAUCAUCUCAACAGCAACAGUACCACCACAACAAGCAGAAUGGUAUCGUAACUUUGACAUGGUCAAGCCAUAUCAUCCCUUAUCUCGGCUUCCCGAUCUGGCUCUCGAUGGAAUAAUCAAAUGGAUGGCGAAAGGUGCUGAUUCAGAUACCUUGAUGACGAUGGAACAAGCCAAGGAAUACCGUCGUCAAUUGAUUGAAGAAAGAAGUGGAAAAAUGCUUGAAGCAAACGAGGAGUUGUAUGAACGAUUUUAG